CUGGGCCCCCCCGAGCGGCCCCUGGAGCGUCUGGCCCGGCUGGGGCCGCUGGCCGCCGAGGCCCGGCUCGUCCUGCAGAGGACGGGGCCCAGCACCAGCGAGGGUCCGCACACGAGCCCCCGAGAGCGGUUGCCCCCCCUCCUGCUCAGACCCCCGGGGCCAGAUCCAAUCAAACCGGGUCCCCCGAAGGCCCUCAGCUUCAGUUUGGGUCCCUCCACGUUUCCCAGGAGGGCCAAACCCGGCCGGGCCUGGUCACCGGCCCCCACGCCGCCGCCUGAGGCCAGGGUCCCCUCCGUCUGUUUCCGGGACCCCCCCGGCUCCGGGGACCCCUCAAAAGAGGAGGUGUUCAGGCAGGUGUUGCAGCAGCAGAGCCGGCUGCAGAACCUGGAGGUCCAGAUCCAAUCUCUGGAGAGAGAAGCGGAGCGGCUGGAGCAGGGGAGGUGGUCGGCGGCCAUCUGGGACCCAGAGGGGGUGGAGGAGCUGGAACAGCUGGAACAGCUGGAGCAGCUGGAACAGCUGGAGCAGCUGGAGCAGCUGGAACAGCUGGAGCAGCUGGAGCAGCUGGAGCGCCGGCUGAAGCAGAACCAGCUGGAGCUGACGCACGCAGACGGCUGGGAGGAGGAGCUGCAGGCGGAGGCGGAGCGGGAGCAAGGCAGGCGCCCUUCUGCUGGCUUUCCUGACUCGUCUGGGCCUCGUUUUUCUGCCUGUUUCCUGCCGUUUCUUCCUCUAACUGUGCAGACGCUGCUCCCGACAGAUAUGCUGAGGCGCCUGCAGCAGAUCCACUCGUCCCUGGACGACCAGAGCUACGAGAUAAAGGUGCUCCAGGCCCGCUCUUCACACCUGGACCUGCAGCUGGAGUCCCAGAGGCAGCGGCCGGAGCCGGAGGGCCGGCAGGCGGACGAGGCCCUGCGCGCCCUGAGCCAGGAGCUCCACAGCCGGCUCCAGCUGGGGGAGGAGCUGGACGCCGCGCUGUCGGGGGCGGCGUGGGAGCUGCAGGCCGCCGAGGAAAGGGUAAAGGACAGGCUGGAGCAGCUGGAGGAGCUGAAUAAGGAGCUGAGGCAGUGCGGCCUGCAGCAAUUCAUCAGGAAAACCGGCCCGGCCGUUCUACUCAGCAACGCCGGCAUCGUGGAGUAG